GAGAUUUUCAGACAGUGUUUGGGCAUCAUGGAGCUCUUAGGUUCUUCUUUAACAGCAACGUGUGCCCACCCUACACCAGCACCAAGCAGCUUUCUGCCAGCCCUCAGUUCCUUGGCAUCAAGCUAUAGGGACCGCUUUCCCCACUACAAUUUGAACCAUGGCUUGAGCCUCCCUUGGAAUCCAAGCACGUACUACAAAGUGGUCUCCAAUUCACCAACCUUGGCUCCAUACUGCACCAGGUCUCAGAGGGUGUCGGAGUGCACCAUGCUUCCCUUCGUUUCCAACAGAACCACCCUCUUCACCAGGUACACUCCUGAUGAUUGGUACCGCUCCAAUCUGACCAACUACCAAGAGUCGAACACCUCCCGUCAUAAUUCAGAGCGGCUGAGGGUAGAUACAGCUCGCCUGAUUCAAGACAAAUACCAGCAAACAAGGAAAACCCAGGCAGAUUCCACCCAAAAUUUGGGAGAACGUGUCAAUGACAUAGGAUUCUGGAAAGCUGAAAUGCUUCAUGAGAUGGAUGAAAUGAUUGGUGAAACCAAUGCACUGACUGAUGUUAAGAAAAGAUUGGAAAGGGCUUUGAUGGAGACUGAAGCCCCUCUUCAGGUAGCCCGAGAAUGUCUAUUUCACCGAGAGAAAAGAAUGGGAAUUGAUCUAGUUCAUGAUGAUGUGGAGAAACAACUGCUCACGGAAGUUGAUAUUAUUCUGUGUUGUCAAGAAAGAAUGAAGCUACAUUUGGAUAAGACGAUUGCCCAACUUGCAUCUAACAGAGCUGCCCAGCAUGAGCUGGAGAAGGACCUGAGUGACAAGCAGGCAGCUUACCGGAUUGAUGAUAAGUGCCACCAUCUGCGUAACACCUCAGAAGGUGUCAGCUACUUCAGAGGGGUCGAGAAAGUGGAUGCCACGGUUUCUGUGCCAGAGUCCUGGGCUAAGUUUACUGAUGACAAUAUUCUCCGCUCCCAGAGUGAACGGGCAGCCUCGGCCAAGCUAAGAGAUGACGUUGAAAACCUCUUGGUUGUAACGGCCAAUGAAAUGUGGAAUCAGUUCAACAGAGUCAAUUUGUCUCUCACCAACCGUGUUGCUGAGACGGCAGAUGCUAAAAAUAAGAUUCAGGUUCACUUAGCAAAAAUUUUGCAGGAGAUCUUCCAGACUGAGAUGGCCAUCGAAUCCAUUAAGAAGGCCGUCAGGGAGAAGUCUGCCUUCCUGAAGGUAGCUCAGACCAGGCUGGAUGAGCGGACUCGGAGACCCAACAUCGAGCUCUGCCGAGACAUGGCUCAGUUACGCCUUGUCAACGAGGUGUACGAGGUGGAUGACACUAUCCAGACCCUACAGCAGCGCCUGAGGGAAGCAGAGGACUCCCUGCAGUCACUGGUGCACACGAAGGCCACCCUGGAGCAUGAGUUGGCUGUCAAAGCCAACACACUUUACAUCGACCAGGAGAAAUGCAUGGGCAUGCGCAAGAGCUUCCCCAACACGCUGCGUCUGGUAGGCUUCUGCUAG